CCUCCGUCUACCAGUUGUCUCAUCCACGCGUUCGUGCUGUUUGUUCCUUCGCGGCCGCCGUACAUCAUCGUUGACAACAAACAUGGCGUCCUCAAUGUCACUUCUCGGCUUGGGACGUUUAUCUGCGAUUAAUAUGGCUUCUAAAAUGUUCCUGAAUCCUAUCAGGUCUACCAGCACAUCCACAUUGAGGCUGGCAGAGAAACCAGGACAAAACACGCAACUUAUUACAGUUGAUGAGAAAUUGGACAUCACCACUCUGACAGGGGUCCCGGAGGAACACAUCAAAACUCGCAAGGUUCACAUCUUUGUGCCCACCAAAUCAGCCAUGCAGUCUGGAGCCAACAGCACCAAAAAGUGGAAGAUGGACUUUGACACCAGAGAGCGCUGGGAGAACCCGCUGAUGGGCUGGGCCUCAACGGCUGAUCCUUUAUCCAACAUGGUGCUCAGCUUCUCUUCUAAGGAAGACGCAAUCGCGUUUGCUGAGAAAAACGGUUGGAGCUACGACAUAACGGAGAAGAGGUCCUCGAAGCCCCGGGUGAAGUCCUACGGCGCAAACUUCUCCUGGGACAAGAGGACCAGGAGGUCCGCUAAGUAAACUGAAGACACCCAUCUGCUAGUCGGCUUGACCUCUGUCCCGCGGCGGACCUGUAUCAUUCUUGUCAAUAAAUGCAGAAUUAUAUAUGUGUAAACCAAA